CACCACCCUCUCAAAUCCCUUUCCAAGAUACAACCAAAUUUAUAAGAAGAAAGAAAAGAAAGGUGGUAGCUUAAUAAUAUUCAACCACCUUCUUCUUCUUCUUCUUCUUCUUCCUCCUCCUCACAAGUACCCCUUUCAUCACCUUUUCAACAUCUCAAACUCUUCAAAAGCUCUAGUUUGUUAUCCCCUUUAAUAGACCUGCAUACAUAUAUCUCUUCUCCUCCUGCUGCUGCUGCUGCUGCUGCUGCUGCUGCCGGUGGUGGUGGUUCAUCUCAGGGAGGUUGUCUCAACCAUGGUUAGCAUUCGGAGGCGAAAAAACUUGCGGAUUUCUUCUGGUGUAGAGUAUUCUUCUAUUCAAUUUCCUAAGUGUAAUGAGAAUGGAAAUGUUUCCAGACCUUCUAUUAAGAGAACCAUUUCAGUCACUUCACUUGACGAUAUCCCAUCAAAGAAGAAUAACCUGGAGCUAAGUCUUGGAUCUGCAAAUGUAUUUGGUUCUAGCUCAUCAAAGGAUGAGCCUGAUCAACAACUUCCAGUUCAAGGUAUCAAACGUAGAAAGCUGCACCGGCGGAAAAACUUCUCAGAACAUGGGACAUACUUACUGAGAGGCGUGUAUUACAAGAAUAUGAAAUGGCAAGCAGCAAUCAAGGUGGACAAGAAACAAAUCCACUUGGGCACUCUUGCUAGGCAGGAGGAUGCGGCCCAUUUGUAUGACAGGGCGGCCUUUAUGUGUGGUAGAGCACCUAACUUUGAUCUGCCAGAAGAGGAGAAACAAGAACUCAGGCGUUACACUUGGACUGAGUUUUUGACCAUGACUCGCAGUACAAUCGCAUGCAAAAGUAAAGUCAAGAGGGAGUUAAAUGCGGAAGAGUUGCAAAAGAAACCUUGGUUAGCUUUUUUACCGAGUAGCAAUGGUGAAAAUUGAGUUGAUGGUCUCUCAGCUCUGGAAGACGCAAAUGUACAGACGCAAGUUUCAUAGUUGUUAUUUUAUUGAACAAGGCAGCACAACCCGACUUUAUAAUCGGGUAUUUGUUUUAUUUAAACCUUAUUCUUAUGCCUUUUUUCUCAUUAUUUGCACUAAUUCACGUUGGUCUUGAAUUUGGUUAUGAGCUCCAUGUUCCUGAAAAAUGCCUCAUGACCAAUUAUAAGUCCAUAACAAAAUAAGUUAGAAAAUUAUGAGAAAGUAGGUCUUAUUUUUUAUCUACACAAGGGCCCCUAUUAAGGCAAAGUUGUGGAAUAAUUUUAUUAUGUCAUUAAGCGGUUCUUGAGUCAGUUUAUCAGAGCAAAGGUUUUUUUU